CCCUUGUCGUUUUCAAAAUGGAGGCCGGAGAAAUUUGGGUCCCUUAAAGGGAUGGUCUACUGACGUUUACACCGCUCCGGAAGCUUGCCUGAUUUCGCGCUAGAGCGGCGAAGGGGGCACAGUGUUUUAGUGUUUCGGAGGAAACAGUAGGAGACAGAAAGUAUUAUAUAAACUUAAAACCAUAGCUAUAAUGACGGAGGAAAACAUUUUUUUGUUUGUCCCCAAUUUGAUAGGCUAUGCCCGGAUCGCGCUAGCCCUACUGGCUUUCUACCUCAUGCCAUCCUAUCCAGUGCCGGCGAUGUUCUUCUACCUGCUUAGCGCCUUGCUAGAUGCCUUUGAUGGCCAUGCUGCCAGAGCUCUCAACCAAGGUACCAAAUUCGGGGCCAUGCUGGACAUGCUGACGGACCGCUGUGCUACAAUGUGCCUGCUGGUGAACCUGGCUCUGCUCUAUCCCUCGUUCACCUUCCUCUUUCAGCUCAGCAUGAGCCUGGAUGUCGCCAGUCACUGGCUGCAUCUGCACAGUUCCAUCAUGAAGGGAGCAUCUAGCCACAAGGCCAUCGAUCUGUCUGGGAACCCUGUUCUGCGGCUGUACUACACCUCUCGGCCGGUGCUGUUCUUCAUGUGCAUGGGCAAUGAACUCUUCUACUGCCUCCUGUACAUCCUGCACCUCCUGGAGGAGCCACAGGCAUGGUUCCUGUGGCUGCUGGGCGUCUGUGGCGUCGUGUCUCUGAUGAAGUCUGGGAUCAGCCUGCUACACCUGAUUACCGCGUCCAGGAACAUGGCUGCCAUCGACCUUGCAGAGAGAGAGGUGGAAAGAAGAAAGGAUAACUGAGAGACAGACAGACUGGCUGGAAUGAGAUGCAUGGUUGGGGGUGCAGUUUGGCAGCACCUGGAAAAUAAAAAUGGUGGAUAGUAAAUAAUCAAGAAAGGUGAAUUGUAAGGCAAAUGUAGGGACCUUUUACAUAAGGCUGUGAAACAUCAACAAAGAUAUUUGGCUUUUUAUGGUUUUUGUUUAUAAUACAAGAGUCCACGUAUUUAUGUUAAGUAUUAUAUUGACAGUUUUUAUUGGAAAAAAUUGUAUCUGUUCAAGUCUUAUAUAAAUUAUAACGAUUAGCUGCGGCGUGCACUUCACAGGAAAGCCGCGUAAACCCACAGACCGGCAACAGUAGUAACGGGAGGCGCAGGGAAAGUUUGGGCGGCGAAAUGAAAUUGAUGGGGCUGAUUAAACCGGAAAGCAGGGUUUAGCAGGAAGACGGCCGAUAGGGAUGAUGCAGACGAAGGAUAAAAGGUAUAACAACAUAGAGCAGCUUAGAAGCUUUGAGUCAAUUCCACCCGCAUUUCACUGAUUUAUUAUUAUUUUAUUAUUAAUGAAUUUGUAAUUGUGAUUUUCGUUUGACGUUAUGGUCAUUUGUAGAUCUUUUUAAGACUGAGUACAUUCAUUCCCUUCAUUUUAUAAAGAGUAAGGUUACCAAUGUGAUCUGCCGAUUAAGUAAUAGAAAUAGAUUGUUACUAGUUGGUUAGACUUAAAGUCGGGAGUGACCAUCCGAGUCUCUUCCCUAUACGCUUUAUGAAUGCACAAAACUUGCUCCGUUAUAGAGAUUAUAGAUAUUUGCUUCUGUGACAGGAGUGAGCUUUAUUUGUUAAGUUAUAUUUGAGAACGCUGGGUAGAGAAAAAUUAUAUCAUUUUCAUCUUUUUAUUUAUUUAUUUUUACGUUGGGUGCCUGUCAUGAAAAUAGAAGAGUACUGUUGAAAUUCUGUGAAGUAAAAAUGCUGUAUCCUGCUCUAAUAAAGACGUAUUGGUCAGAA